GCGGGGCGUCCGAGCCUGCCCCGCCCCUCGGCCCCCUCGCGACGCGGCUGGAGGGAGACUUAUGAGAGGAGGAGGAAGAGGAGGGUAGAUUGCGCCUGGCCAGGGAAGCUCCAUCCGGCAGCAGCGCCCAAAAUGGGUCCGGCGGCGGCCUCGGCCUCUCUGCCGCGGGUGAGGUUCGCGCCCAGCCCCACAGGUUUCCUGCACUUGGGGGGCCUGCGGACAGCUUUGUACAACUACAUUUUUGCCCAAAAGCACGGAGGCCGCUUCGUCCUGCGACUGGAGGACACUGACCAGAGCCGGGUUGUCCCUGGAGCUGCUGCAGGGAUCGAGGACAUGCUGGAGUGGGCAGGCAUCCCUCCUGACGAGAGCCCUCGCCGGGGCGGUCCUGCCGGACCCUACCAGCAAUCUGAAAGGCUCGAUCUGUACAGGGAAGCCACCAAGCGGCUUCUCGACAAGGGGGCCGCUUAUCACUGCUUCUGUACUCCCCAGCGCCUGGAGCUGCUGAAGAAGGCAGCGCUGCAGAGCCAACAAACACCCCGUUACGACAACAGGUGCCGUCACCUGAGUCCCAAGCAGGUGGCUGAGAAGGUGUCUCGAGGGGCCAACCAUGUGGUGCGGUUUCGCUUGCAGGAGGGGGCGGAGCCUUUCUGCGACCUGGUUUACGGCUGGAGCAAGCACGAGGUGGCCAGUGUGGAAGGCGACCCGGUGAUCCUCAAGAGCGACGGCUUCCCCACGUACCACCUGGCCAACGUGGUGGAUGACCACCUCAUGGGCAUCAGCCACGUGCUCCGCGGAGCCGAAUGGCUGGUCUCCACCUCCAAGCACCUCCUCCUCUACCGGGCCUUGGGCUGGGACCCUCCUCGCUUCGGCCACCUCCCCCUGCUCUUGAACGCAGACGGCAGCAAACUGUCCAAGCGGCAGGGCCAUGUCUUCCUAGAACAGUUUGCUCAGGACGGCUACCUGCCAGCGGCUCUGCUGGACGCCAUCACCAACUGUGGCUCUGGGUUUGCAGAGAACCGGAUGGGAAGGACCCUGGAGGAGCUGGUUGCCGAGUUUGAUGUGGGCCGGAUUGAGAAGCACUCUGCCCUGCUGGAUCUAGAGAAACUGGGCGAGUUCAACAGAAUCCACCUGGCCCAGCAGAUUGGGGACGAGAGGCGACGGCCCAGCCUAAUUGCAGAGGUGCUGGCAGCUGCGGAGCAGGUCUAUGGGGAGCAGUUGAUGGACAGAGGGGUUCUCGAGCCCUCUUAUGUGGAACAGGUGCUUUUGCUGAGAAGGGGUCACAUCAGCCGUCUCCAGGAUCUGGUGUCACCCAAGUAUGCUUUCCUAUGGAUCCGCCCCACGGUGCCUUUCGAAGAGCUGCGAGCCAUUUCUCCAGAGGCAGAUGAGAUAGGCCGGCUGGUCCUUGGGUUGUUGGAUCGCCCGGCAGCUGCCCUGACUAUGGAAGAGCUGAACAGAGACUUGCGCCAGCUGCCAGAGCAGGUCAAAGGCACCCAGUUCAGCAUCAUGAUGAAGCUCCUCCGCAUGGCCCUCAGUGGCCAGCAACAAGGGCCAGCCGUUGCCGAAAUGAUGGUCUCCUUGGGCCGUGGAGAAGUUCGGACGCGGAUACGAAGGGCCUUGUGUGGCUGACCCAUCCUCUGGGGGAAAGAUGUGAUGACCCCGCUGGCCGGGGGAGUGUUGUGAUUGGCUGCCAGAUUGUCCGAACCAUCCAGACUUCCAGAAGACCUGUGAGCUGCUGUGGUAGGAGGACUCGAUGCUGAAAAAAAAUCCUAACAAAUUUCCGAAUACAAUCUCAUAGGUUGUUGAUCCAAAUAUAGCCUGUGGCAAUAAUAAAAAGCAGACUCAGACUGAA